AUGCAAUUGACAGGAUGGCCGGAAUACGUCUCUAUGAUAUAUUUACCCAUAAUAUUGGUAGGAUUGAUAGGAAAUGGGCUUUCUUUAUAUGUCUACACUACUCCAAACAUGCGAAAAUCUACAGUAGCCUUCCUAUUGUACUCACUCUCGAUCUGUGAUAUUUUUGUCCUUCUCUUCGCGCUGCCAAUAUACAGUAUCUCAUAUCUUCCGAUCUGGGAUAAUGUGUAUGGUCCUUGGUCAAAGCGUCGAAUGUUUAUUGCUUUCUCGACCAAGUUUUUCUAUCCAUUAUGCAUGACUGCAAAAACUGCAAGUCUCUACAUUAUGGUGGUUAUUACUGUAGAACGUUGGAUUGCAGUGUGCAGACCUCUUCAGGUUCACAUCUGGUGCACAUUCAAAAACUCUGUCCGAAUCGUGACUGCCAUCAUCACAUUUUCAAUUAUUCUCAACUCUCCAAAAUUCUUCGAGUAUCAAAUCGGCUACUCGGAUACAGUUGGGUACUGGCCAAAACGAGGAAUCCUGGAUGCAGAUGAGCAUUGGUGGUAUUACAUCACAUAUUUUAUUGGCAUUUCUGUUAUUUUUGAUUAUCUCCUUCCAUUCAUCAUCAUGUUUGUUGCCAAUAUGAAAGUGAUCAAUGAGUUGAGAAAGUCACGGAAGGAGAGAGCACUUCUGACAACUUCGCUUCAAAAAGAGCAAAAUACAACUGUGAUGUUAUUGGUUGUGACUGUGCUCUUUGGAUUUUGCCACUUUUUCAGUAUGGCAUUGAAAAUGUUUGAGAGUAUAUUCAAGGAUUUUCUGACUAGACAUAACGAAUAUUUCGAAGUGAUGAUUGAGGUUUCGAACAUUCUCAUCAUCAUUCACAUCGGAACCACUUUCUUUAUUUAUUACUUUUUCUCCGCUAGAUUCCGGAACAUUUUACUUUAUUUAUUCAACCAUCUCUGGAAACAAUGGAAACAUUUGGUUGAUGCUGAAGGAUGGACAUCCGAUGAUAAUUCAGUAACUGAACUGGUUCCAUCUCUCAAGUCUACUCGAAGUGUUUGGGCAGUUACCAAAACACCAGAACAAAACUUUGUCGGAAGUGUUGUCUGGAAUGAAUACGAUGACAUCUGUUGGCUUGGAUUUUACUUGUUGUGUCCCGAAUAUCGUGGAAAAGGGAUAGGAUCUAUCAUCUGGGAACGAGCAAUGUCUAGAAUCAGAAAAGAUUUAGUUCUGGCUUUGAGAGGAGAGAAAGACUUCUACAAGAUAUGUCCUUUGUUCGCCAACUCCAACGAUAUUGCUUUCCAUGCCAUGAAAGUUCUUUCCGAUGUCAUGUUCGAAAAACAUCCCAAUGCAACGCUUAUCUUUCAUUUGGUGAACAUUCCGGACGGAUCUUUCAAUGUGCUUCACAAGUUCUUCAAAGAUCUGAAUAUCACAGCAGGAAUCAGUGGAAUCACUCUCUACAACAAUGAUUAUCCACCAAAGGGAGACCUUAACAAGGUGUUCAUUCCACAUAAUAAUUCAUGUCAUUUUGAUUACUAG